AUGGCGGGAACGAAACUGUACGGUAGCGAAUCCACUCAGUCGCUCUCCUUUUGGCACUCCUUCGCAACCGCACCGCCGCCUGUGGCGCCGUACUCCAGCCGUGUCGGUUUCAACUCGGUUAAGCUCAGUCGGCUUCGCGUCUUAGCUAUGGCCGUUAAAAGGAGUCCGAAGCGUCUCAAAUACUCUGCUCCUCGCUUCGCCAAGGAGGAUGAGCUGGUUUAUGUGGAAGCUGAUCCGUCAGGAACAGAUAGUUGGAAGCUUGAACCUGUAAUUGAACUUUUAAAACAAGGAGCUGUUGGUGUUAUUCCUACUGAUACCGUGUAUGCGAUAGUUUGUCAUUUGAGAAGCCAUUCAGCCAUUGAACGUCUUCGUAGAAUAAAAAAUAUUGAACCUUCCAAGCCCCUUAGUAUCUUAUGCCGCUCUCUUCAAGACAUUGACACUUAUACGACGGGGUUCCCUUGUGGUGAUGGCCAAGGUCACGCGAAUAUUUUUCGAGCUGUUAAACAUUGCUUGCCUGGGCCUUAUACAUUCAUCUUAACUGCAAGCAAAGAAUUGCCUAAACAGUGUGUGAGGUAUGGCACCACAAAGGAAAAAUAUGCUGCAAGGAAAAAUGUAGGUGUACGUAUGCCUGAUGAUGCCAUAUGUCAAGCAAUAUUAGAAAAGAUGGACGCACCUUUAAUAUCCACAAGCGUCAAGUGGCCAAAAGAAAAUGAGUGGAUGAUAGAUCCAGUUGUGAUAGCUGAUAUAUAUGGACCAGAGGGUCUUGAUUUUGUUGUUGAUGGUGGCAUAAGAGUGGCUGAUCCAUCUACUGUUGUUGAUAUGACUGGGGCUUCUCCAAAAAUUGUACGGCAAGGAAAGGGACCCAAACUACACUGGAUGGUCACAGAAGAAGAUGAUGGACCUGCUCUCUACGCAGACGAACUCAUCCCUUCAGCCACAUAGGAGUCUUGCUCCUUGUAGACUUACAGGACAAGAGGACCAUUGUUCAUUCGGAUUCAAGUUCGGAUCAGUGGUUCUGCUGCUUUCUUUGUCGUCGUCGUGGUUUAUUGGAGAUUUUUCCACCUCCACAAAGAGAUCAACUGUGUAUGUUGUGUAAGGGAGGUCAAGCAGUGGUAUUGUAUAGGUCUUCAACUUUCUCACUAACCAUUUUGUAUUAAACACCCUGUCCAGGAAAACCUGGUUUAAGGCUUGCAUUCUCAUUGCAAAGCCCAAAGGUGUUAAUUAAAUUUUAUGAUUAUUAUUGUCCAAAAAUAAAAGGUAAAAAUAACUAUCCAUUCAA